CCGUUCUGCGAGCGAUAAGAGAUACUUGUCAUCUAAGAUGAACAAGAGCAUUUUAUUACCAGCAAAAUUUCGAAGAUGAUAAUUUUUAAUAUAUUCAUUUUAAUUGUAUAUCUUUUAAUUGUCGAUGCGUGCCCCAGCCAAGAAGAUUUAUAUCCUUGCAGUUGCUUUUGGAAUGGCGUUGCUCAUGUUACUUGCACCAAAUUAGAAAACAACCAUGAUUUAAUAAAUGCUGCUAGAUCUCUUGUUGGAAAAAAUUACAAGCAAUCAAUUACUAUUCAGAAUUCGGUGUUUAAUUUUAUACCAUCCGAUGCUUUCAAGGGGUUAAAGGUAGCUGAGCUAGAAAUACAAAAUUCCACACUCAUGGCAUUGACAGAUGCAGAUUUUGCCUUUGAAGGUCUGGAAGAUUAUUUACAAGUAUUAAGGAUGGAAAACUUUAAGCUUUUGGGGGAAUGGAGUUGGUCAGUCCUCAGCAAAUUGAAUCAACUUAAAACAUUGGAAAUUAAAAAUGGAGAGUUGGAGAAUAUUGAAGAUCUGGGGAAGAUAAAUUUAGAAAAUUUAAAUACUAUUGAUUUUACGAACAAUGGGAUUAGUUUUCUUCAUGAUAAUGCUUUUGCUAAUAGUAGAACAGUAAGGAAUAUAAUUAUAAGACAUAACGAAAUUGCUAUUCUUAAAAGAACGAUGCUUCCUAACCCUGCAAUUGCACUUGUUGUUUUGAACUUGAGUUACAACAAGAUUGAGCAAUUUCCAGAUGAUAUGUUUAGUUUAAUACCACAUUUAAAAUACCUUGACAUCAGCCAUAACAAAAUAUUGGUUUUAAGUGAAAAAGUGUUUGCACCGAUAUGGAGUUCUCUGAUAGAAUUCAAAGCUAUGGGAAAUGAACUGAGGUGCGAUUGCAGAAUGUCUUGGAUUUUGCAAAGCAAAAAGCCACAAGUUAUCUACGCGACAUGUGCCAUGCCUCAAACAGUAAGAGGAAAGAGUCUAUCAGCUUUGACAUCAAAAGAUCUAUGGUGCAUCUAUUAAAAUGCCCAAUUAACAAACGAAGUUAUUAAUGUUGUACUUUUUUUUAGUAAGUGAAGUAUUAUAAGAAAAAAAAUCAAACAAAAAAGCAAUAAAAUUGCUUAAUUUUUAUUUUAUUCUGCAAAGUCAUCAUAAUUAUUAUAAAAUAAUCAGAAAAAUUUGAAAUUACAAUAAAAAUAGACAACAAGAGAUAAAAUAUAAUCUUGAGUGCCCAGCACUCAAAUCAUACAAGAACUCAUACGAUUAUUCCUGUAAUCGUAUAUUGA